UUGCGGCGAGGUUAUAUAAGUGAACGCAGGCGCCGAGCAAUCAGUCUGUGGCAGUCUGUGGGUAACAGUCGUCGGGGAAAGUUCGUCCAUUUUUAUAUUUACCAUAUUUGUAACGCAUUCGAGGAGUUUCCAAUAAUAGUUAUGGUAACGAUAACUACCUGUUAAAAGAACAAUUGCCCCACGUUCACGGAUAACGAAAGGUGAUUCACCGUCGUGAGGCGUGUAUGAUUGAUAUUCGUCAGGCAGAAAACUGCUGACUCGCCGGAAAGUGGAGGUUAAGUCAGCAUUUGAAACAAGAUUUUUGUUGUGCUGUGGAAAAACAAAAUAGAAACAUGAAGUGUGGCGACACUAUUAUCAUCGUCUUCUUCGCUGGAAUCUUUGGCUGUAUCUUGGCUCAAGACAAUCUACCAAGCAAAGAUGAAGUGCUUAAAAAAAUACCAGACCUUGCAAACGUCCCUGGUAUAAAUAACGUUAAUACCUCGACAGUCGAGGACUUUAAGAGCGUUUUUAAACAAAAAUGCGAAAAAAAUGGUGGUCCAACGGCGUAUCAAAAUGCAGAACAGAAACAGAAGGAAGCAACAGAAUGUUUGCAAUCUCUAGUUAAUAUGACGGAACUUCAGAUAGAAAUGGAUCAAGCUAAACCCAAAGGCGACUUGGAUGUUGUCUUUAAAAAAUAUUGUCGGAAAAGUCCCACGUUAAAAAGUUGCCUGAUGAACUUCACUGAUGCCUUGGAGCCAUGCCUGGAAGAGAAAGAACGUGAAAAUAAGAAAUUUGUUAAAAAUAUUACUGAAUCUCUAUUAAACUUUAUUUGCCACAAGGAAGGCGAUCGCAUUGCGUUAUUUAUCGCAGCUGGUGGGCCAGAAUGUUUUAGUAACAAAUCGCAAGCUGUUAAAACUUGUGUCAACAACACAUUUGGUAGUUACAUUUCCGCAGUGAUCAACGAAACUGGAGGCGUGCAUGCGCUUCAGAAUUUACCUUUACUGAUUCUGGGCAAAAAGGAAUGCAGUGACAUUGCCGAGAUGCAGAAGUGCAUUGUCAAAGAACUCGCAGAUUGCGCGGAUCCGACAACAGAAAAUAUCGUGGAUUCCCUAUUUAAUUUUGUAAGACAGGUAACACCCUGCAUGCAGUACGCAGAAAGUAAUGCCGCAAUCGGAAAUAACACUGUACGAGGCUCGGCAAAUAUUGCCGUUCUCAGUUUCUUAAUAAGUAUUGUUGCGGGUCUAAAUAUACGAUAUGUCUAAUAAGACAAUGCAUUGAUGAAAUACUACUAAAGAGACUCAUUUUUAGCACAAUUUUAGUGAUCUGUUUUGGAGUUCAUACUGAAUUUGAAACGUUGCUAACAUACUUACGUCAGUACAUCCGCGAGAUUACGUAGAAUUGUAUUAAAUCAUGUCUCUUUAGUAGCACACAAUGCAGGCAAUUCGACGUUUCACAAUUGUUUAUUCCCGUAAAGCCAAUAUUCUUUGCGAUUGUGACAAAAUUAAUGUCAAAUCCAAAUAUUGAUUACAAUAGACGUAAAACAGAAAAGUGCUGGAUACCAAAUACAUAAAAAGAAUGUUAUUCAAAUUAUAGAAUUUGGAUAUACAUAUUAACCAAAGGAGAGGUCACUAUGCAAACAAAAUCAAUGUAUUUGAAUAUUUCUACAUUACCAUAUUUCUUUCUGCCGUAACAAAUUUUAUAAAAUUAGGCUUCUAAAGUAAAAUAUCAAAAUAACCAAAUUACAUUCCUGUCAUUGAUCAUAGUAGAAUAAAUGUGAGUAUAAGGGACAGUGAUAUAAUAAAUAAAUGAUAACUGUUCUCUUUCAAAGAAAUGAGGAAAAGUGUAAUAUCACAAUGUAGAAUAAAUUGAGUAAGUAGGAAACAAUAUUGUCUCUCUGCAAAAAAAAGAUACAAAUCAUGUAGAUAAUACUAAAGGUGCUUGCUUGCUGGCUGGUACCAUAACUUAUUUUCUAUCUUGUUACAUACUGUUAAAGCUUUUUCUUUGCAUAUAACCAUCUGCAAUUUGAUGUGAUUGAAGUUUCAAACUUAACUCUUUUGAACUCUUAUAGGAUAGGAAAGUAAUUUUUCUGAUCCUUCAAAAAUCAAAUAUAAAAAAAAAUCGGCUUUUUUUAAUGGAUUCUUUGCAUAUGUAACACAUGGCCUUCAAGACGGUUGUCUUUCAGCCCUGUGAAGAUUAAGGAAAAAUGUUUAAUCACAGAUCAUGUAGAAAGAUUUGCAACAACUAUAUCACUAAAGUUAUCCAUCACUUUUUCCGUUUAUGCUUGAAAAACUUUUUGAAUUUACUAUGUUUAAAAAAACAACUGCAGAAUCUUGUUCAAGUAUCUUAUCUAUUCUUUGGUUGGCUUACUAUUGUUGUCUUCACAUGAUAUCAAUAAACAAUGUUAAUUUCACAUAUGGCUACCAGAAUGUUUAACAUAGUAUUUAUUACAGUCAAACUAAGAAAUCUAAUAAGAUACUGUACACAUGUAAAACGUCAUUGAUAAAUUCUGCCUAAUUUACACAAUAUGCUAAGAGGAUAUUUUGUCACCUAUACAAUUUCAAUGUAAUGCCAAAAGAAAGUAAAAUACAAGCGUUUUUAUAUAUAUCAGUUGAGGUGGAUGAUAUAAGUAAUCGACAAGAGAUAUAAGGAUACACUAGUGAUCAUGUUCUAACACUCGUUAAAUAUUCAUAUUUAUUACUUCAUAUUUGUUAUUUAUCCAAAGCCUAUUAAUAAAUUUUGUAAUCCAUGUUGUAAUAUUCAUUUGUGUUCUUUUUCAUUAAAAAUAGUGAACAUAAGUCAUUCAUUAAUAUUAUUGUUAAUAUAUUGUAUUUCGUUUCCAAGUAAAGCAUUUAGCAGCACGAUCUUGUCUAUUUUCACUAGCUAUAUGUCCUAGACAUUAUACAUUAUAAAGGAAUAUAUGUAUAUACUGAAUUCUAGAUCACAUGCAUGGGGACAAACGUUUCAUAUUUAUAAAAAAUUUUACCUCAUAGUAAAUAUAAUAUUACAAAAUAUUUAACAUAUAAAUCCAUAUCUUUAAAAGUAAGGUACUUAAAAUUAUUCAGAAUUAUUACAUACAGGCCAAAUAUCAAAUGCUGUUUUACAUUUACAAUAUAAAAUAUAUCAGAAUAAAACGUGAUAUAAAAUA